AUGGAUGGAGACUAUCGGAAUGCUGUCAAAUUGGUCAUUGAAUUUAAGGAGACCGGGCUCAAACCUGAGGUGUAUAGUUAUCUCAUUGGGUUGACUGCCUUGGUUAAAGAGCAAAAAGAAUUCUCAAAGGCUUUGCGAAGAUUAAAUUCAUCGGUGAAGGAUGGCUCAAUUUCUGAACUGGAUGCUGAGAGCAUGCAUAGUAUCGAAAAGUAUCAAUCGGAUUUGUUAAGUGAUGGUGUUCUUUUAUCGAACUGGGCAGUACAAGAGGGCAGCAGCGAAGUUCUAGGACUUGUGCAUGAGAGGCUCCUGUCAUUGUAUACUUGUGCUGGUUGCGGCUUGGAAGCUGAGCACCAACUUUGGGAAAUGAAGCUUCUUGGCAGAGAACCUGAUACACAGCUCUAUGAUGUUGUAUUGGCCAUUUGUGCUUCUCAAGGGGAAGCUGCUGCUGUCCGCCGCUUGCUUGCAGGAGUCGAGUCAACCAGUGCCGGAAGAAGGAAGAAGUCUAUGUCAUGGCUACUGCGAGGCUAUGUCAAAGGUGGCUUCAUUCUAGAUGCCUCAGAAACACUCAUACAGAUGCUGGACAUGGGCUUGUUUCCUGAUUACCUGGAUAGAGCUGCUGUACUGACUGCACUGCGGAGGAACAUACAGGAAUCCGGCAACCUAGAAUCGUACUUGAAGCUCUGCAAGCGACUAUCUGAGACAGAUCUGAUUGGACCUUGUAUUGUGUAUCUAUAUGUCCGCAAAUUCAAAUUGUGGAUGGCGCACAUGCUUUAG